UUUACAAAAAAAAAAAUAAAUAAAUAAAUUGUAAAAUAAAUUUAAAAUAAAUUGUUAUUUUAACAAAAUCGAAUAUUGAUUAGGUGAAAAAUAAAAAUAAUAAAAGAAAAAAUAAAUAUAAACAUUUUUUUAUUUAUUUUUAUAAAUAAAUAAUAUACAAUUUAUUAUAUAACAAAAAAGAAAAACAAAAGCAAAGAAAAACAAAAAAAAAAUAAAAAUUUAUCCUUUAACAAAUAUGUUGACCAUGUCAACAUUAAUGAUGCCAGCACCAACAAUGGCUAUUGGUGCACCACAAAUAACGGUUGGGCCACAUAAACCACCUGAAACAAAAUUAUUAGCAAUACAUCCAGCUCAUACACAAGCUCAACAACAUCAACAAGCAGCAGCUGCUGCUGCUGCAGCUGUUGUUGCCCAACAACAACAACAACAGCAACAACAGCAAGUUAAUCAACAAUUACAGCAACAGCAUCAAGGACAACAACAAAUUCAACAAAAUGGUCAUAAUGGUCAACCAUCACAACAGCAAAUUACAUCAAAUUCUAAACCAGGUAAUUCGAACUUUUAAAAUGAAUUGGUUGCUAACAUUUGAAGAUAUAAGUAAGCUUUAUGUGAGUAUGGUUACCAUUGAAAUCAAAAUUAGAAAAUAUCUUAUAAUCGGGUUUUCGUUUAUGCAA